CAGACACAGAUAAAAUACAUACAUGUCGGAAAUUCGCAACUUUAAUUAUUCCAAAUAAAAAUUUAUCAUGGUUUUCACCCAGAAUAUACUUUUCAUAUUUUUGACCACGGCCCUGUUUCACUUUUCCAUGUGUAAUCUAAUUUCUGAAAAUGAGAUAAUUCCACAAAACGAGACAACCGGGGAGUCUAUUCUUCUCGGCGAGAUUUCAAAACCGCCCCUGGAUCGGCGCACGUAUCUUGGCGUGCUUCUUCCCAACGGGAUGAAAGUGAUUCUAGUCAGUGACCCAAAUACGACGAAGGCUGCCGCUGCGUUGUCCGUGUCAGUCGGGAGCAUAAACGACCCGGACGAUUUUUUAGGGAUGGCACAUUUUCUCGAGCACAUGCUGUUCCUCGGUAGCCAAAAAUAUCGUGAUGAGAACAGCUUCCACAAAUUCAUUUCAGAACACGGUGGGUAUUCCAACGCGGCGACGCAGUCGGAUAAGACUUACUACUACUAUCGAGUUUCGCCAUUAGCAUUGGAGGAAUCUCUUGACAGAUUUGCACACCUCUUCAUCUCUCCACUUUUCACGGAAACCGCCCUCGAGCGAGAAGUACUCGCGGUGGAGUCAGAACAUCAAAAAUACAUCUCCGACGAUUGGAGACGCAUCGAAAGAGUAAUUGCGCAAACUGGGAAACCCGGGCAUCCGUUCGGCCGUUAUAGAACCGGAUCUCUUGAAACCCUGUGGACACACCCUAAAUCUAUCGGGUUGAAUAUCCGGGACGCCCUUUUGGACUUUCACCUCACCUAUUAUUCCUCCCAAUUGAUGAAUCUCGCCGUCAUAGGAGCGCAGUCUUUAGACGAACUUCAACUCCUCGUGGAGAAAGUAUUUGUCAACGUCCCGCAAAGUAACAUCACUCUGGAAGACGUCGAUGGAUCCAUGACCCAGCUGUACGGGAGAGACGAACUCGAAGAACGGAUUGAUGUAGCCCCCUUGGGAAACUUGAGAUCACUCCAGCUCAUAUUUCCGAUCGAUUAUGUUCCCGAGUACUACAAAAAUACGGCUCUCGGCUAUCUUUCGCACCUCCUCGGUCAAGAAGGUCCCGGUUCUUUGUCCGCCUUUUUGAAGAAACGCCACUUCGCGGAAAGUGUUACGGUCGGCGGGUUUCUACCCUCGAGAGGUAUGACGUUCUUCAAAAUCCGUUUAGCCCUCACUCAAGAAGGCUUUCGAAAUCUCAAUCAAGUUGUGAAACACAUUUUUCAGUGCAUUACAAUGAUACGUGAAAAGGGUCCACAACUCUGGUUUUGGGAGGAAGUUCGUGCCAUGAGUAUGAUGCACUUCCGCUUCCGGGAUGAACUUUACCCUAUCGAUCUCGUCACAAAGCUGGCCACAAAUAUGAUUGUUUAUCCCGUUCAAAAAGUUCUUUACGCGAACGGGAUCGAUCCCGAUUUGAAAUAUAAUGCAACCUCUAUUGAUCACACGUUGGGUCUCCUGACUCCGAGAAAUUGCAGACUUGUCGUAGCGUCGUCCGAACUCCAAAAUACAACUACCCAUAAAGAACACCAUUUCGGGGUAGAGUACAACCGGGUAAAGAUCGAUGAGGAUUUACUCCAAGAAUGGGAAAACGUUACCCUUAAUGACAUUGACUUUCCGUCCGACUUCUAUCUCCCAGAGCCAAAUGAAUUCAUCGCAUCAAAAUUCGAUCUAAAACCGCGCGAUAAUCAAAGUCUUGACGAUACUUUCACCCCCCGACUCCUCAUGGAUACGACUUUCACUCAACUAUGGUACCUUCAAGACAACAUGUUCCUUCUUCCAAAAGCCAGCGUGACCGUUGAACUGUUAAGCCCCAUGGCAUACGGGGACCCCUUGAAGGCCAACCUUCUCCUCCUCUGGAGCAAGCUUAUUACACACUCACUCGCCGAGUUCCAAUAUAGUGCCAGCUUGGCCGGAAUUCAUUCAGACGUGGCUGCCAUGGAGGGUGGUAUUCAGCUCACCGUGAAAGGGUUUGACCACAAGUUGGGCGCAUUUCUGGAAAAAAUUUUAACCCGAAUCCUCACCUUUUCCGUUGGUGAGGGGGAUGACCAAUCUUUCGCGGCUGGGAAGGACGCCGUCCUCGACAUCAUCGUAAACACGGGGCAAUCGCAACCCCACGAAAUGGCGGAUCGAGUCAUUCGACAAUUAUUUCUCGAGACGCGGUGGACACCUGGAGAUUUAUUGGAUGCCAUGGAAGACGUCAAGAUUUCCACAAUGCGAAGCUUUAUCAAGGAAUAUUUAGACAGACUAAAGUUUCGAUGGAUGUUUUACGGAAAUUUUGAACCUGAGGAAUGUGUCAAAAUCGUUCAAGAUUGCGAGGCCCUCUUCAUCUUGAAUGGGACACGCUCAAUAUUUUCCAGCCAAGCAAAAACUGUCCUCGCGCCACAACGAGUAAUCCAGUUACCCGAAGGCGCCAAUUUCCUCCAUCGGGUUGAGCAGUCCUCACACUCGUCUUCCUGCACCGUCGUGCUCUUCCAAAUCGGUCUGGACUCCUCGAGGUCGUCCAUGCUCAUACAGCUGGUAUCCCGUGUCAUGCACUCGCCCAUCUUUGACCAGCUGAGGACCAAGGAACAGCUGGGCUACACCGUGUGGGCGGAUGACUUCGGGGUCGCCUACUACUCCACGGUGUCACUAAGGAUACUGGUGCAGGGGAGUAGAGACCCGACCUAUGUGGAAGGGCGGAUUAACAACUUUCUCGCAGAUUUCGAGAACGUUCUAGCAAAUAUGACGGAAAAGGAAUUUCUUCGCCACCGCAAAUCCAUCUCCAACAUUAGAUCCAACCCGCCAAAAACAAUGACGGACAAAGUAGCGACCAUCACACGGGAAAUUUAUUCUCAGCGAUUUAACUUUCAUCGCCUUCAGGUGGAUCUGGAAACCUUGGAGGGCAUCGGAUUGGCAGAUCUUCGCCAAUUUUUUACCGAACACAUCUCUAACCCUAAAACGAGACGAAGACUCGCCGUCCACGUUUUUCCAUCGGUUUCCCUCAUAAAUUCUACUUUUCCCUUGACCACACCUUCUGACGGAAUGGGUGUGGCCUAUUCUGUUUCCAACAUUACCGGCGGGAACGACAACCUUUUUACGGCCCAAAACGAAAUUAUGGCCGAUCUAAUUGAAGACAUCGUUUCUUGGAAGCAAACUAUGCACCUUUUUCCCAAUUCAAACCCAUUCAACCCUUUGAAUUAGAAAUUAUGGUGUCUCAAAUGGACCGAAUGGGAACAAAAUACAUCACGUACACAUAUGUUUUACCUUCAUCCUAACAUUUUUUUACCGGUUCCUACCUUUUUUUAUUUUCGGAAGCGUCGUCUUUCUGGAAGCGUCCGGUAUUUACUUCCAAUUGUUAAAUAAAAUUGAAGUGUUAAUGUAUAAAUA